AUGAGUGCACAUGAAAUUGAAGUCUCACAGUUGCCUGAAGAACAACGCUUACUUUUUAAAUUGAUAAAUAGAGUCAGUCAACAACAAACUGAAUCCAUAAAAAAUGAAAUUCAUAAUUGCGUGAAGUCACUGAACAUAAAGAUUGAUAAUGUCAACAAAGAGAUAGAUGAUAUUAAGAAACGCUGUUCUGAAGUGGAACGUAAACUUAAGAAAAAUAAUAUAGUUAUUUUUGGAAUCCUAUUACGAAAAAAUGAAAACUUGUUAAAUAAAACUCUAAAAGUACUCAAUGAUAAUUUUCAAGUUAAUAUUGAAGAGCACGAUGUAAAUAAUAUUUUUAAAUUGGGCAAAGAAGACAAAUCACCGAUUUUACUUGAAUUUACAUCUUUUAUAAAGAAAUUAGAGUUAUUUAAGAACAAGGAGAAGUUAAAGAAGUUUAAUGAAAAUGGUUUUGGCAUACCAAAUGAUUUAAAUAAGGAGGAUAGAGAAGAAUUGAAAAUUUUGAGAAUACAUUUAAAAGAUGCAAGAUCACAAAACUUGGAAGCUAAAAUCAAGGGAUUUCAUUUACAUGUAAACAAUGAAACCUUCAGUGCUGAACAGCUAAAAGACCUUGAAUCUGAAGAAGAAGCCGGUACUAGUGACAGUGAAAAUAAUUAUUCGGAGAAGAGUGUGGACAACUCUGUGAAGAAACCAAAUUCCAGUAACCUAAAUUCAACCGUGGUGGAAAGAACCGAAGUAAAAUCCACAAGAAGAAGAAGAAGCAAGUUUUUUCGCUACAGCCCGAUAAGCUUAAGAAGUAGUAAAAUUUAA